UGGAAUUUUGUGCAUCUGCUUGGUGGUACUGCUGUGGGGAGUACGGCUCUGGAUACAAAGGAAGAAACAGUUGAGGUCUGCAGGAAGAGAUGGGAAGCGGCCGCUGCUGGUGGCCUUUUUUCACCCGUACUGCAAUGCAGGAGGUGGAGGGGAGAGAGUCUUGUGGUGUGCCAUAAGAACGCUCCAGAAAAAGUACAGAAAUGUAACGUGUGUUGUUUACACUGGUGAUAAAGAUGCCACUGGAGAAGAAAUAGUAGAAGGCGCUUUCAGAAGAUUUAAUAUUAAAUUAAUCCAUCCUGUGAAGUUUGUAUUUCUAGAAAAACGCUUCCUUGUGGAAGCUUCUCUUUAUCCUCACUUCACUUUGCUGGGACAAAGUUUAGGAUCAGUGUUCCUUGGCUGGGAAGCUCUUCUAAAGUGUGCUCCUGAUAUUUAUAUUGACUCAAUGGGUUAUGCCUUCACAAUUCCCCUCUUCAAGUACCUGGGAGGCUGCCGCGUUGGAUGCUACGUGCAUUAUCCCACUAUCAGCACGGAUAUGCUCUCAGUCGUGAGGAACCAGGAUACCAGGUUUAACAAUGCUGCCUUCAUUACAAGCAGCCCUCUCUUCAGCAAAUUUAAACUUGUCUACUACUACUUCUUUGCUUUCAUGUACGGGUUGGUUGGUUCCUGCAGUGAUGUGGUCAUGGUGAAUUCUUCUUGGACACUGAAUCACAUCCUGUCCCUCUGGAGAGUUGGGGCUUGCACUAGUGUCGUGUAUCCACCAUGCGAUGUUCAGGCUUUCCUGGAUAUUCCACUGGAAGUGGAAAAGAGCACCAGUGAAUAUUCCAUUGUUUCUGUCAGCCAGUUCAGGCCUGAAAAAGAUCACCCUCUGCAAAUCAGAGCCUUUGCUAAAUUGAUGAAAGAGAAGAGAGUGGGGCAGCAGCCAUCGCUGAAGCUGAUCUUAAUCGGCGGCUGUCGGAACCAGCAGGACGAGGAGCGUGUCAAUAAGCUGAAACGCCUGUGUGAGGAGCUGGCAGUCAGUGAUGAUGUGGUGUUCAGGAUUAACAUUCCCUUUGAGGAGCUGAAGAGACACCUGGCCGAGGCCACCAUCGGCCUGCACACCAUGUGGAAUGAGCACUUUGGGAUAGGAGUAGUUGAAUGUAUGGCAGCUGGCACAAUUAUCCUGGCUCACAAUUCUGGUGGCCCCAAACUGGACAUCGUGGUACGCCACGAAGGACGUGUCACAGGCUUCCUGGCAGAAGAUGAGGACAGUUAUGCUGAGACAAUGGCUUACAUCUUUUCUUUGCCUCCUGAGAAAAGGCUGGAGAUCAGAGAAAGCGCUCGUCGCUCUGUGCACAGGUUUUCUGACCAGCACUUUGAAGACACAUUCCUGUUAUCUGUGGAGCCGUUAUUUAAAUGAGUGUAUAGAAGUCAAAAUGAACUGGAGUAAAAUUACCUUUUUAUAUUUGAUUGUGUGGCACAUGUAAAUAUAUCUAAGCUAUGAUCCCUUGCUUCCAUUCAAUAAAAAGGUUGUUUUUC